AUGUUCACCUUGAAAUCCAUCGUCGGCCUCUCCCUCAUGAUGGCCCCUACCCUUGUCACCGGCUUCGAAGACAUCUACUUUGGCUCCUAUUCGGGUGAAGGCCUCGGCGGCACCUGGCGAGUCCCCGGUCAGAUGGGCGUCUGCUACUACCAGGUCAUGGUCGGCGAUCAAUCCAAUUGUGAUGGCCUCCGCACCAAUCCCGCUGAUGGCUCCGGCGGCUGCCCGGGACAGAACUUCAGCGGGCCUAACUUCUGCCAUAUGCCCAUCCCUGGACUCCCAGACGGUUACGAACUCGACCGCAAUGGCGGUGACUGCCCCUCUGAUGAUGAAGCAGCAGACGGAGUCUGGUACGCUGACAUCAUUGACAAGAACAAUGGAGACGUCAAGGUCGGACGCUGUGUCUAUGAAUACCAGAAGGGACCCAACUGCGCAAGCACUGGAAGCUUCCUGACCAACAGAUUCGUUCACUGCUACCCUGAUGCAUAA